AUGGAGAAAUGGAACCAAUUCCCUAUAUGGCAGACUACAUUGUAUAUGUGCCUGAAUAUUCAUCAUAUUCUAGUUUUAAUUACAGUAAGACGAUUUAUGAAGGGGAGCUCAUUCUUCUUCUUAUUUUUUGUUACUGGUUGCUUUGACGUCUACUACUGUUAUACUCUAACCACCUAUAACAUAUUCAAAAAUACAAUGAGCGGUCCAAUAUAUAUUUGGUUAUCACAGUUAAAUAGUACUAGUUUGUUUUUCGGAUUAUUCAAUAAUUUGUUUGGAAAUUGCAUGAUGGCUAUCAAUCGGUUUUGUGCUACUUUUUUGUUUUAUGAGAAAUAUUGGACUCAGUGUCACAUUAUAUCAUAUUUCUCAAUCACAGCUACAGUGUCCCUGGCCUGUUGUACACCUUAUAUCACUCGACACCGCGCAUUUUACGUGGCAAACGGAAAAUGGGCUUAUACAAAUAACAACUUGACGCUAGUUUUGCAAAGGUCCAUAGCGAUCUCCAUUAUUGGCACAUAUGAAUUAAUUGGGAUUUCGAUGAGUUUUCUAACUGCUUAUAGACUAAAAAUGUAUGGAAUGAGGAGUAAGAAGAAUGAAAAAAACUUAAUAUUUGUGACGUCACUUCAUAUAUUAGUUGAUAUAGUUGCAAUGCUAAUUAUGAUAGCUGAAUUCCUAGAAUGGCAAUUUCCAUUAGCUCUAUUCGCUGUGAAAAAUGUGUUUCCAGUUACCUAUACAGUUGUGAUUCUCAACUCAGUCACCAUAAUUCUGACUAACAAACGAGUUCGCGACGCUUAUAUUCAGACUUUGAAGUUCUGGAAGAAACGAGUCGAAGAUGCAAAUAGUUCAUCAAGGCAGCAAACUUCUAUCCCCGUAACUCUCAAGUUGGGAAACGUUGUAGUUUUUUGAAAUUUUAAUAUUAAUUGGGUACUAGUCCUAAAUCACCCCGCCACUUUUUUUUUAUUUGUGUAUUAUUUCCCCUCAUUUUAAUAUUAUCCAUUUUAAUAAAACGUGAUGUCCAUUUUCCAUCUUUAGGCUUAGAAAUGGUUAUUUCCUAAGCCUAAAAAUACAAAAACUCCACACGUUUUUAUUUGAAAAAAAAGAAAAAAAGUGGCGGGGUGAUUUAGGACUAGUACCAUUAAUUGUUUUUUUUCGAAAAUAUAUCAAUUUUUAUUAUGUUUUGUUGCAAUAAUUUUAUGUUAAUGACAAAAUUCGAGCAUGUUUUCGAGCAAUAUCACUUCGAGUUCAGUGCAAAAUUAUGUGCGUAUUUAAAGAGUACUGUAAUUUCUUUUGUUUGUCGAUAAAUUCGGCAAAUUGCCGGUCUUAUAUUACAGUACUUUUUAAAGACGCAGUAAUUUUUGCAUUUUACAGGAUUUUUUGUCGUGUCGAGGCUCGGUAUUGUAUUUUUGGCACAAAUUAUCUUGUCUGGGAAUAAUAUUUUUGACAAUA